CCGAAUGCUACACGAGCGUUUUUGUGACGUCAUCAGCAAGCACCACGAGCAGAUCGUGUUACUACACAAUCACGAGUGUCAACUGUGAACGUCAGCGAUGUCAACUGAAAAAGUCAACAAAGCAAAGAUCAUGGAUGAUCUCAAGAAGAACGUCCGUUCUUUGCUCAUUUCAUCCAAAACUGGUUUGGACCCCAGACAGCUGAUGCAGGAUUACGCCAACAUGCUGGGACAUCCGAUGCCGUUGAAUAUCCUGGGUUUCAGUAAUGUUGUCCACAUGGCCAUGGCAAUGCCGGACGUGGUGUAUGUGCAACAAAACUUCGGUGGCUAUCCGCUCUUGAAAGCUGUUAGCGACCCUUCCACACUACAUAUUGAGAAGCUGGUGGCAAAGCAACGCAUGUCUAAGAGGAAAACCAUUCCGCCCGUGCGUCCGCUCAUACUUCCAAUCGCCAUUUUUAGGGCACAGCUAAAACAGCUCCUCUAUCAAGGACCGAUGAUGUUGAGUGACCUUAGGGACCGAUACAUGCAACAGUUUGGCUUUUUUCUCUUCCCCCACAAGUUUGGUUUCAAGACCCUCAGAGAGAUGUUAUACGCGGUGGCAGAUAUGAUCUUCAUUUUCCCCGCCAAAAACUCGGACAUAAUUGUCCUGAGAGAAAAUGCAUGGAAUGACCCUCCAUUUUGGGACAGGCGCAAUCAGUUUCCAAAUCUGACGCAGUCAUGCGCCUCGAUCAGUUUUCAUCAAGAGCGACCAAAACGUCAGCCAGCAACAGUGAAGAAGGGCCUUGAAGCAGAUCCACCCCGGUCUCAGACAAUGGUGCUGGAGAGUCCUUCCAAUGAAGAAAACACUCUGGUCGGGAAUAGUCACUGCCCCACGGUACCAGCAGAAGAACAUGUUCAACAAUGUAAUGCAGCUGCAGACUGUGUCGAGACCCGAGUUGAUUCAAGCCAAGCGGAUGGUGGCGGACAAUGUGAGACCUUCUCACUAAAUGAAGUAUCACCUGAGGAAGGCAAAAUCAACGGAGAUUGUGAAGGAGGGGCUGGUCAAAAUGAGAUAUUGAACACCAUCGAGGAUUCCAAGGCCUCAGAGAGUGCCGGGAUUGGCUCUGCUUCCGAGAUUUGUAUCCACCCAGUCGAUGUCUUACGCGACGAACGUCUGAGGGAGCCGACACGGCACUGCAGUCGACGGAUGGAGGCCGUCCAGGUAGAACACGUCGUCUCGCCGGGACAUUUCUACAUCAGUUUCCCGGAGAGCACCGAUGCGUCGGCUUUGCUGAACAUGAUGUUAAAGAUGAAACAAUUUUACCUCUUUCCUGGCGUGUCUGAGAGCUACAAACUGCCAGAGAGAUUCAUCCGACCAGGGCAAGAGUGUUGCGUGAAGAUCGCAGACUUUUGGUUUUAUCGAGUGACCAUUAAGCAAAUCACCAGCGACUCUCAGGUGGAAGUCUACCUUGUGGAUUAUGGCGACACCUAUACUGUUAACUCUGCUGACCUGAAGUUUCUUAAGACGUGUUUCUCCGUUCUCCCGGCACAAGCUGUCCUGUCAACGCUGGCCGGAAUCAAACCGACUUCGGGUGACUGGACCCCAGAGGCCACCUAUUCCUUCCAGUACAUGUGUAAUCAUAUCCUUGUGGGCUUACUCGACUGUUACAUCGGAGACGUGUUGCAGAUCUACCUUUGCGACACGCGCACAAGCGAAGACAAAUACAUCCACCGUGCGCUAAUGAGCGAGGGCCACGCAGUACCCUGCAGAUUACCAGUAUUUACCGAGUCCAAGGAAGAAGAGAUGCCGGCAUUGGAGCUGAUAGUCAACUCCAACAUGUGAAAGCCAAUCGACCGUUUGGCUCAGCACUUCAUGACUGACGCGUCAAAUGUCCUGGACUGUUCUAAACAGGACGUUAAUCUUCUGAUUUUUAGUUUUUUUUUAGUAAGGCAACAUCUCUGUUCAAGUGAAGGUUUGUCAACAGAUAAUCGAGCUUGAGUUUCUGUGAAAUAAUUGAUUUUGAAACAUUGUUAUUAUAAUGUCACACCAUAAGUUAUUUGUCAUGUUUAUAAAGUAUCUUAUAUGUUUGGUUUAGAUUUGAGUCGGAUUUUAAAAAAGACUGACAAAGCUGAAAGUAAAGGUUAAAUCAUGCAGUUUAACAGUAUUGCAAUUAUAGUUCUAAAAUGUGUUAUUUUGAGAUGAAUAAAUAAAUCAAC